AUGGCGUCCUCACAUGGAAAUGUAUACUCGGCCGACCAAUUCAUGAACCCUGGACCAGCCCCGCGCCCGCCUACUGAUCGUCCGCGGCUCACUACUGUACCGUCCAGUCCUAGUGUCGCUACAUCGUUCAACCAAAUGACCUUGAACUCACCCAGCACUCCAACUUUGUCUAUAUUCCCCAAUACCAGCAACCUAUCGCUCGCGCAGUCCAAGGGAUCGCAGGCAAACCAGGGUGUAGCUGUCAUCAAAGAGGGCUACGUUAGGUGCAAGGAAGACAAGUUUCUGGCACAAUGGAACCAACGAUAUCUUAUCCUUCGGGAGUUCCGCCUCGACUUUCUGAAGAAUGAGACUGGAAAGUUAAUCAUGUCAAUUAACCUUUCCAACAUUACGGGUGUGACUCGAUCCGAAGACACUAAAAUGGCAUUUGAAAUCACUCGCUUGGCCAAUUCAAAGGACGCAAAUACAAAGGCAGCAAUAAUCAGCCGCGAUGUGCCUACCAAAACCAUCACUUGCGAAGUCAAAAAUGACGACGAGAUUUACGAAUGGAUUGAUAAAAUCUACGAACGGUGCCCUGGAAUGGGAGGCGUCAGUAAUCCGACUAAUUUCAGCCAUAGAGUCCACGUCGGUUUCGACCCCAAGACUGGCGCUUUCGUAGGUCUACCAACAGAGUGGGAGAAGCUCUUGACUGCAUCGGCCAUCACCAAGGAAGAUUAUAAGAAGAAUCCUCAAGCUGUUAUUGAGGUGUUGGAGUUCUACUCUGACAUCAAAAUGAGGGAGCAGAAUCCUCAAUACUAUAGUAGCCUUGCCCCGACUCCACCAGCAUCCAACUCGUCGUCUUUGCAAUUCGGAAAUGGAAACGGAAUCGCGCCACCCAGACCAGCUCCUCCAACCCCUCUUCAGAGGGUAGAUACUAGCCAGUCGCAGCGGUUCAUGAACGAGCCAAACGCGGCGGCACGGAAGAAUUCAGAUACCGACCGCGGCUUUGAAGUUGAUCGUAUGCGCGAGGUUGCCGAGCAAGAGCAGCGACGCCGCAUGGAGGAAGAAGCACGGCGUAUUCGCGAAGAACAGGAGAGACGAGAACAGGAAGCUUAUAACGCAUCCAUACCCAAAACACGAGUUCCACUCGCAAAACAGGAACUGGGUGGUUAUGGAUCGUCUGAACCCGAAUCGCCAAACCCUAACCGAUAUAACCCAAGCCGCCCGGCUCCGCCAGCACCAAGCUCUGCUGCUCGUCAACAGCCUCCGGCCAUGAGACAGAUGACAGCUCAGCGACCAGCACCGUCACCACCGACGGCAGAUGGGUCGGCUCAAAGGACAGAACCCAAGGUUCAACAAUCUGCACCUCGUCCUGCUAUUAAUAAUGCACCAAAAGCACCUACUCAAAAUUCGGGCCCACCACCGACACGUCUUCCUGCACCUGUUCAGCAAGUCAAACCGUUGAACAUUGCCAACAAACAAGGAGUUCCUAAAAAUACCGUUCCUGAUGGCGUUCGACAAGCCGAAGCUGCUCUUUCGAAGAAGGCUGAACCACGACAAAAGGAAGUCCGCAUGUCAAGUAUGACCGAGAACGAAGUGAUGGAGAAACUCAAAUCAGUUGUUUCCAAGGAGAACCCUCAGGAGUCCUACAGCAAGCAGCGCAAGAUUGGUCAAGGUGCUUCAGGUUCCGUGUAUGUGGCUCGCGUCAAGGAGAAUGCGACGUCGCCUGUAGCACGAGAAAUAUAUCGCACCCAUGGACCUCGCGGGCAAGUUGCUAUUAAGCAAAUGGAUCUUCGCAGCCAGCCUCGCAAGGAGUUGAUUGUCAACGAAAUCAUUGUCAUGAAGGAUAGCCAGCACGCGAAUAUCGUCAACUUCCUGGACUCUUUCUUGCAAGAUCAGAACAACGAGCUUUGGGUCGUCAUGGAGUUCAUGGAGGGUGGUGCAUUGACUGACGUUAUCGAUAAUAAUCCCGUUAUCCAAGAGGAUCAAAUCUCCACUAUCUGUUUUGAGACUUGCAAAGGUUUGGCUCAUCUCCAUAGUCAAAAUAUUAUCCAUCGUGAUAUUAAGAGUGACAACGUUUUGCUGGAUCGUGUUGGCAAUGUUAAGAUUACGGAUUUCGGGUUCUGUGCUAAACUUACAGAAUCCAAGAGUAAGCGAGCCACCAUGGUUGGAACACCCUACUGGAUGGCACCUGAGGUCGUCAAGCAAAAGGAAUACGGACCAAAGGUAGACUGCUGGUCUCUUGGUAUCAUGGCCAUUGAAAUGAUCGAAUCCGAGCCACCUUAUCUUAACGAAGAACCUCUUAAAGCGCUAUAUCUCAUUGCUACUAACGGCACCCCUCGGCUCAAGAAGCCCGAAAAGCUUAGCAAGGAGUUGAAAUCGUUCUUGAGUGUUUGUCUCUGCGUCGAUGUCCGCAGUCGAGCCACUGCUGAAGAGCUAUUGGCACAUGAAUUUCUGAAGAUGGGUUGCAGCCGAGCUAGCCUCGCCGAGCUUCUGCGCUGGAAGAAGAAUGGAGGUCAAUAAAGCGCACCAGCAGUUGUCAAGCUCAUAUCUUUCUGUCACGUUGCUUUAUGAAGGCAAUAUCACAACCUCUUUGCUUACACGGCUGGGUAUGGAGACAGGUCGGCACGCCAUAUUAAAUAAAUGCUGAAAAGUGCCAUCUACAGGGCUAGAUCGAGUAAUCUCCUGAUCCUGUCCUUCUUAAUCUCUUUCUCAAAUCUUACGACCCGAUACUGUAAAUUGCUUAUCCGGAUCGUUUUCACUUUUCCACUUCAUAUUCAUGGUGUCUUACAAUAUAGGAGGAGCUUGGUUGGCAUUAUAUCCCAGAUCCUGAAUUAGUCUUUUCUCUCUGUCCUCUAUUUCUGAUAUCUGCAGAAAUUGAUAUUGUUUACCGAAAAGAAUAUCAAGAAAAGGAAAUGAGAGGUUUCUUAAGGAGAGAA